UAUACACGUUGAAAUUUCAAUACAUAUGUAGAGAUAAUUCGGUGGGGAUUCCAAUGCUGCUACUUUCUCUUCGGUGUCUACUAACAGCCACAAGAAUAAUCACUCAGUGUUGCUUGUGGAAGAUGAAGUGAUGUGAUCGUUAAUGAAUUCCAAUAAACGAUUAAGCCAUGCGUUGAACGAAAAAAAGGGGUCAUAAAAGAAUCCGGAUACUCUGGAACAUUUUCGUGUAGGCGGAUUAAUUUCGUUUGUAUUACAAUUUGAUGAGUGAACAACCGAUCGGGAUUUACGUGCAACAUGUCAUCUCUUUCCAAUUGUUGUUUCUUCUCUUUACUUUGGAUAUGUGUCAUUGUUGCGAAAAGCGGACUCGCCGAAAAACUAUAUGAUAGAGCUGAAAAACAACGAUACGAUGGAUGGUUCAACAAUAUCGCCCAUCCAAAUUGGGGAGCAAAAGAUAGUCGUCUUAUCAGAAGGGCCCCAUCAGCAUAUUCUGACGGAGUAUACAUGCUGGCCGGUCAAAAUAGACCAAGUGCAAGAAAGCUGAGCAGACUAUUCAUGAGAGGCUUAGAUGGUUUGAGCUCAAUGAGGAAUCGAACCGCUCUACUGGCAUAUUUCGGCCAGUUGGUCACAAACGAAGUUGUAAUGUCUAGUGAAAGUGGCUGCCCUAUAGAGAUGCAUCAUAUCGAGAUUGAAAAAUGUGAUGAUGUGUACGACAAGGAGUGCAGAGGUGACAAAUAUAUUCCAUUUCAUAGAGCCAGCUAUGACAAGAAAACAGGACAGAGUCCGAAUGCACCUAGAGAACAAUUGAACCGCGUCACUAGUUGGAUAGAUGGAAGUUUCGUUUACAGCACUAGUGAACCAUGGGUGAACACAAUGAGAUCGUUCAAGAAUGGUACUUUCAGAACCGACAAGAGUGGAACUAUGCCUAUGAGAAAUUCAAUGAGGGUUCCCUUGUUCAAUAAUCCUAUGCCGCAUAUGAUGAAAACCCAAAAUAUGGAAAGGUUAUAUUUAUUGGGUGAUCCUAGAACCAAUCAAAAUCCAGCUCUUUUAGCCCUAAGUAUUUUGUUCUUCCGCUGGCAUAAUGUAGUGGCGGGUCGUAUCCAAAAACGUCAUCCCACUUGGACUGACGAAGAAAUAUUUCAAGAAACUCGUAGAUAUGUCAUAGCUACCUUACAGAACAUUAUAGUAUAUGAAUACUUGCCAGCUUUUAUUGGUGAAAAAUUACCGGAAUAUGGAGGAUACAAACAGGACAUUCAUCCAGGAAUUGCACACGUCUUUCAAAGCGCCGCUUUUCGAUUCGGACACUCCUUGAUACCACCAGGGCUAUACAGGAGAGAUAGUGAAUGCAACUAUAGAAAAACGUCAAUGGGUCACCUAGCACUCAGAUUGUGUUCUACCUGGUGGGAUUCGAAUGAGAUCCUUUCAAACAAUUCUUUCGAUGAGCUGAUAAUGGGCAUGUCCUCUCAAUUGGCAGAAAAGGAAGAUUCGCUUCUUUGUUCAGACGUUAGAGAUAAGCUAUUCGGCCCGAUGGAGUUUUCCCGGAGAGAUCUGGGGGCAUUGAACAUAAUGCGUGGCAGAGACAACGGUUUGCCUGAUUACAACACACUAAGGACGCAUUAUCGCUUGAAGAAAAUUGAAAAUUGGUCGGAUAUAAAUCCGAAAUUGUUCAAAGAAAAACCUGAAAUACUUCAAACUUUAGUGUCCGUUUACAAUAAUAACAUUGAUAACGUAGAUGUUUAUGUUGGUGGGAUGUUGGAAAGUAUAGGUGGCCCUGGAGAGUUAUUCAAGGAAGUGAUAAAAGAACAAUUCAUAAGGCUCAGAGACUCUGAUAGAUUCUGGUUCGAGAAUGAAGAAAAUGGUCUCUUUACGAAGGAAGAAAUCGAAAGAAUUCGACAGAUAAAACUGUGGGAUAUCAUUGUCAACGCAACAGACAUCAGAGCGCAUGACAUUCAACAAGAUGUUUUUUUCUGGAAAAAUGGCGAUCCUUGUCCUCAACCUAUGCAACUAAAUGCUUCUAUGAUGGAACCCUGUGUAAUGCACCAAGGAUAUGAUUAUUUCGAGAAUAAUGAAAUAGCCUACAUAUAUUCCUGCAUCUUCCUUCUUUUCGUGCCAAUAUUCUGCGCUGGUGCCGGCUAUGGUGUGGUAAAACUCCAAAAUCGAAGAAGACGUCGUUUGAGGAUGCAACAAGAGGAAGUUGUGAUAAAAAGUGGUAAAUUACCCCUAGAUACUAUGGUAGUCGAAGAGUGGCUACACGCAAAUCACAAAAGACUUGUCAAAAUCAGAUUUGGACCAGAUGUCGCAAUCAAUAUCAUAGGGAGAAAGGGAGAAAAACUGAGAACUGCUGAUUUUAAAUCCGUCGACUCCGUACACGUGGAAGAGUCUGCUGGGAGCUCCUCGAAGAGGAAACCUGUUAUAUUGAUCAAAGUGCCGAGAGACCACGAUAUGGUUCUGGAACUGGAUUCCAUAGGUUCGAGAAAAAAGUUCAUGAACAAACUGGAGAUAUUUUUAUCGUCCAAUAAGAAGAACCUCAUUUGUUCCCAGGUGGCUAGAGAAAUAAUUCUGGCUAAGGCAGAAACACGGGAAAGAAGACAGAAAAAAUUAGAACAUUUCUUCAGAGAGGCCUAUGCUCUUACAUUCGGCCUCAGACCUGGUGAAAGGAGAAGAAGAUCUACCACCAGUAUCGACGGCGAAGUAGUAACAGUCAUGCGAACAUCUCUCACUAAAUCUGAAUUUGCCAACGCACUAGGGAUGAAACCGGAGGCAGUUUUCGUGAAGAAAAUGUUCAAUAUUGUAGAUAAGGAUGGAGAUGGUCGAAUAUCUUUUCAGGAAUUCUUAGAUACAGUGGUUCUAUUUUCUCGAGGAAAAACUGAGGACAAACUCCGUAUUAUUUUCGAUAUGUGUGAUAACGAUGGCAACGGUGUGAUAGAUAAAGGAGAACUAUCCGAAAUGUUGAGAUCUCUGGUCGAGAUAGCGCGUACUACUAGCUUAUCAGACGAUCAUGUAACUGAACUUAUAGAUGGCAUGUUUCAGGAUGCCGGUUUGCAACACAAGAAUUUUUUAACCUAUUCAGAUUUCAAAGAGAUGAUGAAGGAAUACAAAGGCGAUUUUGUUGCUAUUGGUUUGGAUUGUAAAGGUGCUAAACAGAAUUUUUUGGAUACUUCAACAAACGUAGCUAGAAUGACAAGUUUCCACAUAGAGCCCUCAACAGAAUCGGAAAGGGGUGCUCUAAGAGCUAAAUGGGACGGAUUGAUCACUUUCUUGGAGGAAAACAGGCAAAAUAUUUUCUAUUUAUUCAUUUUUUAUGUGGUUACUAUUGCCCUUUUCGUGGAGAGAUUUAUUCAUUAUUCCUUCAUGGCGGAGCACACUGAUCUCCGUCAUAUAAUGGGUGUAGGCAUAGCAGUAACAAGAGGCUCGGCAGCAUCACUGUCGUUUUGUUACAGUAUUCUACUAUUAACGAUGUCAAGAAAUCUCUUAACAAAACUCAAAGAAUUCUCCCUACAACAAUAUAUUCCAUUGGAUGCUCAUAUCCAGUUCCACAAGAUCGCUGCUUGUACGGCAUUAUUUUUCUCUCUUCUACAUACUGUAGGACACAUAAUAAAUUUCUACCACAUAUCGACACAGCCUGUAGAAAAUUUGAAAUGUUUAACCAACGAAGUUCGGUUCGCAUCUGAUGUGAGACCUGGAAUAACAUUCUGGCUUUUCCAAACUAUAACUGGUGUCACUGGAAUAUUGCUUUAUAUCAUUAUGUGCAUUAUAGUAAUCUUUGCACAUCCAACUAUAAGAAAGAAAGCUUAUAACUACUUUUGGUCUACACACAGCCUGUAUAUAGGACUUUAUUUACUGAGUCUUAUUCAUGGUCUAGCAAGGUUAACAGGCCCGCCGAGGUUUUGGAUUUUUCUUCUAGUUCCGGGAAUCAUCUACAUCCUUGAUAAGGUUGUCAGUUUAAGAACGAGGUAUAUUCCAUUAGACGUGAUCGAGACUGAACUGCUACCUUCAGAUGUAAUAAAAAUAAUGUUUUAUCGUCCACCGAAUUUCAAAUACUUGUCUGGUCAAUGGGUGCGUUUGGCAUGCAGUGCCUUCAAAAAUAGAGAAUAUCAUUCAUUUACCCUAACUUCUGCACCGCAUGAAAACUUCCUGUCAUGCCACAUCAAAGCCCAAGGUCCCUGGACUUGGAAACUAAGGAACUAUUUCGAUCCUGGAAAUUUCAACCCAGAUGAUCAUCCUAAGAUACUUCUAGAAGGUCCUUUCGGAGGUGGAAAUCAAGAUUGGUAUAAGUUCGAAGUUGCAGUCAUGGUUGGGGGUGGUAUUGGGGUGACUCCCUACGCAUCCAUCCUGAAUGAUUUGGUAUUUGGUACAUCCACUAACAGAUACUCCGGAGUAUCCUGUAAAAAAGUUUAUUUCUUGUGGAUUUGUCCUUCCCACAAACAUUUCGAGUGGUUUAUAGAUGUAUUGCGAGAUGUUGAAAGGAAAGACGUCACGAACGUUUUGGAAAUUCAUAUUUUCAUUACUCAGUUUUUCCACAAAUUCGAUCUACGAACCACCAUGUUGUAUAUAUGUGAAAAUCACUUUCAACGCCUCGCCAAGACUUCAAUUUUCACUGGACUGAAGGCCGUUAAUCAUUUUGGAAGACCCGAUAUGACAUCGUUCCUGAAGUUCGUCCAAAAACGUCAUAGCUAUGUGAGCAAAAUUGGGGUGUUCAGCUGUGGUCCUAGACCACUUACAAAAAGCGUCAUGUCCUCCUGUGAUGAAGUAAACAAGGGGAGGAGACUUCCAUAUUUCGUUCACCACUUCGAAAAUUUCGGUUGAGUUCCAUACUGAAUAUACUGAUUAAUUUAUUUAUUGAUUUUAGCAAUGUAUAUGUAUGCUUCGCAAUUCUUUGAAAUUAUCUUAUAAGUAUAUUGUAAAUAUGUAAAUACAUUCCAAUAUUAUGUUUUAUAAUGAAUACGUUAUAUAUGAACCCUGAAUUGAUGUGGAACAGAAAUAAAAGUAUUUAUGAAUUUGCAU